AUGACGCAGAGAGUCUCAUUUUCGUCGAGCCAGAGUCGUCGUCGUGACCUGAGCGCGGCCCUUCUCCUCCUCUCGCUCGUCCUGCUCUCGUCUCUCCACGCGGCGAUGGCCUUCCGCUUCUCCGCGGGGCUCCGCGCGGACAAGCUGCGCAGGAUGAUCCGCGGAUGGGCGCAAGGCGGACGCUCGACCGGCCAGCAGCAGCAGCAGCAGAGCGGCGGAACUAGCGGAGGCGGAAUAGGCGGCGGCGGAAUGGGCGGCGGCGGAAUGGGCGUCGGCGGGAUCAGCGGUGGCAUAAUGGGCGGCGGCGGAAUGGGUGGCGGCGGAAUGGGCGGAGGCGGAAUGGGCGGCGGAGGAAUGGGCGGCGGCGGAAGGGGCGGAGGAGGGAUGGGCGGCGGCGGAAUGGGCGGUGGCGGAAUGGGUGGCGGGGGAAUGGGAGGAGGCGGAAUGGGGGGCGGCAGCAUGGGAGGCGGCGGAAUGGGCAGCGGCAGCAUGGGAGGCGGCGGAAUGGGCGGCGGAAUGGGCGGAGGCGGCAUGGGUGGCGGCGGAAUGGGAGGGGGCGGAAUGGGCGGAGGCGGGAUGGGUGGCGGCGAAAUGGGCGGAGGCGGAAUGGGCGACGGAAUCAUGGGAGGCGGCGGAAUGGGCGGAGGCGGCAUGGGUGGCGGCGGAAUGGGCGGAGGCGGCAUGAGUGGCGGCGGAAUAGGCGACGGAGGAAUGGGCGGCGGUGGAGUGGGCGGAGGGAGCAUGGGCGGCGGUGGAGUUGGAGGGGGUAUGGGCGGACCUGGUUCCUCUGCUCCCGGAUCACAAUCAGCCAUGGGUCCUGGGGGGAACAUAGGUGGCGGCCGAAUGGGCGGCGGCGGCAUGGGCGGCGGAAUGGGCGGUGGAAUGGGUGGCGGCGACGGCAUGGGCGGCAGUGGCGGCAUGGGUGGCGGCGGAAUGGGCGGCGGUGGUGGCAUGGGUGGCGGCGGAAUGGGCGGCGGAGGAAUGGGAGGCAUGGGCGGACCUGGUUCCUCUGCUCCCGGAUCGCAACCAGCCAUGGGCCCUGGGAGGAACAUGGGCGGAGGCAUGGGCCGCGGAGGAGGAAUGGGCGGUGGCGGUAUGGGUGGCGGAGGCAUGGGCGGGUCAGGGUGGGUUGCUCCAGGGUCGCAGGCAGCACCCGGCCAGGGUGGACCUGGGAUGGGCGGAGGGAUGGGCGGAGGGAUGGGCGAAGGGAUGGGCGGAGGGAUGGGUGGGGGGAUGGGCGGAGGGAUGGGUGGUGGGAUGGGUGGGGGGAUGGGCGGAGGGUUGGGAGGGCCUGGGGGCAACAUGGGAGGCGGUAUGGGCGGACCACAAUACCAACCAUCCUCAGAGGCGCAUGGCCGCAGCAGCACUUCCAACGGAGUGCCGCCAGCAGUGCUGCUUCGUCCAAGCCCCUCCUGA